AUGUCGCUGCUGAAUCCCUACCGUGCUGAUCUCAUAGCCACCCUAGGCGAGGCCACGGCGACCCCCUACUUCAUCUACCGCCUCCGCGACGCCAUGUUGGCCCAUCCCACAGGCCGUCGAAUCCUUCGCCUGCGUCCGCGAAUCAGCUCCAAGACGCUCAGCAUCCCGGCCCUGCGCGCCUUGCCGGAGAACUCCGUCGGCCGCGCCUACGUCUCCUGGCUGGACCGCGAGGGCGUGUCUCCAGACACUCGGUCGCCGGUGCGGUACAUUGACGACGAGGAGUGUGCCUACGUGAUGCAGCGGUACCGCGAGUGCCACGACUUUUAUCACGCGCUGACGGGCCUGCCCACCGUGCGCGAGGGCGAGGUUGCGCUCAAGGCCUUUGAGUUUGCCAACACGCUGAUUCCCAUGACGGGGCUGAGCAUGCUGGCCGUGGCGACGCUCAAGCCGGCCGAGAGGCGCCGCUUCUUCAGCGUGUACAUGCCAUGGGCAGUCAAGAACGGCGUGCGUAGCAAGGAGAUUAUCAACGUCUUUUGGGAGGAGGAGCUGGAGCGAGACGUUGAUGACCUGAGGCGGGAGUUGGGCAUUGAGCAGCCGCCGGACCUGCGAGAGAUUCGCAAGCGGGAGAGGGAAGAGAAGAAGCGGCUCAAGGAGAUGCGAGCCAAUGGGUUUUGA